AUGCCGUCAGCGCUUGCGAGGCCCCUGACGCGGGAAGCCGCUCGCCGAGCGGGCGCCGGACUGGCGCAGCAGGCUGCGAGCGUUCUGAAGGCCGUCGUCCAAGGCCCCGAGGCAGAGCCGGCUGGCUACGGCGUGGAACUUCCACGCUUCUUGCAGGCACUGCCCUAUCUAAGCCACGCGCAACUGGUGCAAUGCUCGAGUCAUUUGGGCCAGCGUGGCCAGGCAGUUGGCGGCGUCGCUUCGGCGUUGGCGUCAGAACUCUCCUGGCGCCUCAAGCCGCGAGGAGAAGCGUCGGACUCGGCCCGACUCAGGGAGAACUUGAGAGCCGAUGAAGUUACCACCGUGUUCUACGCCUUCUCGAAGGUUACACCCCAGUUGCCGGAGUACCGAUUGCUGUACGAAGCGAUCAGCGACGGCCUGCUGGAGGGCCAGUGGAGCCUCAACCACCUCCAGUCCGUCCUGAUUGCCACUGCAUUGGCGGACACGGACACUCGGCUAAUCGACGCGAUGCCGGCGGUCUUGCAGCCGCUCCUGACGGAGUUGGUCGAGGACCCACAGGUGCGCGAGGACAUUACAGUGGACACGCUCCGCUUUUUGGUUCAUGCAGCUGCACGGCUCCCGAGCCCGGGCCUCACCGGCAAGGAGCUGGAGGCUCUCGCAGACUGCACCAUCUCGCGAUUGCGCGGCAGUAGCUUUUCCAAGCAGGCGCACCUAAUGUUGUCGUGGCUAAGGCUAGUGCCACCCCCUUCAGCCAAAGAGGCCCACUUCAAAGCCUUGCAAGCUUGCGGCCAAGCCCUCUCGAAGCAAAAGAGGUCGCAUAUGCCCGCGCAUCCACUGCCCCAGGAAGGCCUUGCGCCUCUCAUGGCAGACCUGCUGGCGCGUGAGGCCGAGCAAAAUGCUCCGCCUCUAACCCCGCCGGUGAUGCAAGACAUCGUGAAGGGCCUCGUUGCAAUGAGUUGGGGCGUGCAACGCCACCAAUUCGCACAGAGCCGGAGUAGGAGCCUGUCUAUCGAUGACUGGUCCGAGAUCAUGGCCGAGCUGGUCAAGUACUGUGAAUCGCACAGUAUCAUUGGACAGGCGGCUGCGUCAUCAAGCUCCCGUCGGAACACACUGACACUGACCCCGGCCGCACUUCUACCUGGCUGGGCGGAUAACGCCUUAUUCCACGUGCUUUUCCGAGCUCAGCAGCAGCCCAUUCCUCGCAAUUCGCCCGAGAGAUUGGUGCGGCUGUCCUCGCUGCUCACUUUGCUCAGAUUGUCAAGGCGUCACAGGAAUGUCCCGCCCGAUCCGGAGUUCCUUGCUUGGUCAGUCCGGUUACUCGACGUGCACCAACGUGCUGGGAACGUGGAGGAGAGCUUGUUGGCUGACGUGGUUAACGAGCUCGUUCCGCUGCUUCCAGAAAAGGAGAGAGCCAAGCUUACACGAGUAAUCAUGGCAAGAUCGCGAAGCACAGUCUCAGAAGCCGAGCCCAGCCAGAAAGUUCUAGCUCCUGUGCAGGGGCAGGGGCAGCCAGCCCCUCGCUUGCUACAGAGAAGCGAAGAGGAGGCUUCUUCAGUGAAGGUAGUGCUGGCACCGCAACCAGCGACCGCGACCCUCAGCCUCGGGGCCGAGCCGCCCCAGCCUUUGAAGGCGGCAAACGUCGUCGCUACCGACCUGGCUCCCGGUGCACACCGGCUCUGGGCUUUGCUCGCCAAAGCCGCCAAGCGGGCCGAGCGGGCCGAGCUGGAGGCGAGCACGGGAAGCGCAGGCACGCUGAGCGGCGGCACGCUGCAGAGCGCAGAGGUCGACGAGGCGCCGCCCAGCUCUCUCUUACAUUCAGCAUCCAGCAAAGCGCAAGAGUCUCAGCAGUCGGACGUUCGCGCGCCGCAAGUCUCGACAGCCACAGCGAAGGUGGAGGAGCUGCAGCGAAUGUUGCAGAGCGCCUUGCUGCGAGUUGAGGCACUGGAGUCCAAGCUUGCGGAUCAGGAGCGCGACCCCGCGAAGGCGAAAGAUGCCUGCGAGGAGCCCUCUGAUGACUCCACCCACAGGAUCUGUGGCCAAAGCCAAAGCGACGGAUGGCUCACGCAAAUUCUCGAACCCGUCGCGGAGCAAAUCCAGCCAUCGUCCGCUGCGGCAACCCUGCACUUGCGACGUGCUUUCAACUUCGAGCAGUUCCGUCGGGCUCACUCCGCAAGGCUGGACACCGAGCGCAUGCGCGUCAUUGUCCCUCCCGACCACUUCCCGCUGUGGCCUAUCAUGAAGAAGUAG